AUGACUCCUAGCAAAGACAAGAGGCCUCUGCCCUCGUCUACUUCGAUGGCAUUCCACCAGUCUCCUGAGCUGCCAGAAACUUUUCAGCAAUGGAAAACAGCUCUCGAGCAGGUGAAUAUUUUGUAUCUGAAGGGACAAUGGAAACAUUGCUCCGCUCAAUGCAGUCAACUUCUGCUAAAGGCAAAGACCCAACCUCAUCCAUUACACACUACUUACCUCCACUUCUACUCGGCGGUUUCGAGCGAAGCGAUAGGUCGUCUCACCCAUAAUUUGUCGCCUGUCAAGAUACACCUCCUCGAGCAGGCCAAAAUCUCCUACCAAGCUGCUGCUUCAUCGCUCCCUCAGGCAGAUGUCACCCACGAUUACCAUGGCCAAUCCGACGCCGAUACGCGCUCCACAUGUUCAACUCCGAGUGAUGAGGGAUCCGAUUCCUGGAGUGGUAACCCACCCAGACCCCGUGGCUCAAGUCAGCACGAGCACCCCACUCUUAACACCUCGUCACUUUCUUCGAUCGACUCGGACGGAUUGCCUCAAGCCGGCACGAAGUUCAGGCCUUCCCCUCUGCGUAUACGGAAGAUCCCCAGCUUCAGGGACGAGCUCACGGACAGCGGAGAUGAUGAGCAGUCCGUCUCGCCUUGCCUACACCCUCACAGUCCUCCGCAACAGCGCCGUGCAUCCACAGCCCAGUCGGAUUCCAGACCCACAUCCAUCACCUUCUCCGUCUCUGUCGACUCCUGGCUUCAGGCCCGCUCGUACGAGCGAUACAACAACCGCCUCGCUGCGUUCGCUGAAGUGAUAGCCAACCACAUCUCAACAAUCGACAUUUUGAUCCAGAAGACCCGAGGGGUACAGAGCGCAAGGUACUUUACAAAGAGACUAGCGAGCCACGGGGCAGACGAAGAAUCGAGGGCAGCAAAUUUGAGAUUCAGGAUCGCAAGACUCAAGGCGAGUGGAUGGAAGAUGGAGCGGUUCGCAGCGGAGAGGUAUCAGGAACUCUGCGCAAGGGCGUUGGCGGAAUUGUGA